GGAUUCUGUAACUUUACCAGUGGCACCGAUGGCUGAGGAAGACAAAUCAACUACAUCGCUACCAGCACCUUCAGAACCAUUGCAAGUCUCAGGCUCUCAAUCUGGAACACAUCAGCCCUCUCAGAGCACUGUAGAAGAGAAUAACAGAUCCGAACUAAUAUCGCGUGCCAGAAUAUUUCUGCGUUCUUCCCAAAUCCAGUCUCAGGAUGUAUUCGCAAAGCGGAGAUUCCUCUUAGACAAGGGCCUCAACGAGCAUGAAAUUGAACUGCUUCUCAGGGAGCUACCUCCACAAUUACCCAGGGUUCCACCUAGGACCUAUCCCCAGCCUCUACCUUCAGGCUUACUCACGCUACUUAUCGGCCUGGCUAGACUACUUACAUGGGUAGCUGGCGGAUCUGCUGCCCUACUUCUUCUUUACCAUAAAGUUUUACUUCCUCGCAUCGUGCGGACCGCGGAAGCACGAAAAUCGCUAAAAAUGCAUCAGAUUAACCUUCUACAGAAGUUAAACGCGUCCCUUCAAUCUUUCAAAGAAACUCAAACACAAUGUUAUGCGCCGUUACCGCGUCCGGUUCCUCACAAGGAACAUUCGACAUUUGCAAGCUGUCACAGUUUAUUGGACGUUCUCAAAGAGUCCGAAACCCAGAAUCUGAAUGUAAAUCAGCUUCCCCAAAUUACCCUUCUACGAUGCGCAUGGGAGGAUUACCGGGCACUCCCUGGUUGUGCGGAUAGCAAUCCUCGAACAGAGGAACUAUUCCAGGUCCUGGAAAGUCGCAUUCCGUGGUUGGUUAGCGAUGAAGGACUUGUAUUCGAACGCACUUUGUGGGACGUUCUAUCGACAACCCCCGUAUUCAAAGAAUUGACAUCUCAAGACUCCCCAGAGGGAGCGUCAGCGCCUGUACGCUGGGUUUAUGUCCCUCCAGAACCCGUUGUUCCGACGGCUUUCAUUUCUUCUCUUGAUUCUCUAUCCAAAGUGAUUUCAACUUUCCAGUACCCAACAACGUCCAGCCCUUAUCAGUAUACUCUGCAAGCCAUGACGGAGUUUACCGGUUACAUUAGCUCAAACCUUUACACACCAUAUCGUCCACCAUCAAUACCUGGCACAACCGCUUCCUCUAUUGAACCAGCGGAUGAAAUGAAGAAGGAAAUCCGAGCGCUGAAAGGCCUCGUAUUGAACAGGAGAUCCUUCAUGCCGACAAUACCACGAGCAAAUAUUCCAUCUCGACAGGUACCGUAAAAUACCUGUGUAGUUCACGCGUAUGUAAACUGUAUGUCGAUUCUGUACACUGUGUACAGUACAGUAUAGAAGAAUUCUUAUCUAUCUGUACACGCUCUCGUAACCCUUAUGGGG